AUGAAGUUUAUUUUUGAAUUCUUUUUCCUUCUCCUUCCGCUCUUAGCCUCAUGUUUAAACAAACAGGUUUACAUAGUAUAUUUGGCUGAGCACAAAGGAAACGAUACACUCUAUGAUAAAAAAGAGAUGCAUCUCUCAUAUCUUUCUUCAGUAAAAGAUGCAAGGGAAGAAGUAGGAGAUUCUCUUCUAUACAGCUACACGCAUAGUAUCAAUGGUUUCGCUGCAUCCCUCACCCCGGAGGAAGUUUUCAAACUAUCUCAUUUGGAAGAUGUGAUAUCUGUAGAUGAAAGCAACCCAAAUGAAUACACUUUAGAUACUACAAGGUCAUGGGAAUUUUUGGGAUUAGAAGGACUAACACACGAGAGGGCGCAUAUUUGGAAUCAAUUUAGCACCGGAGAAGAAAUGCUCCACAAAGCUAAAUACGGCAAGAAUAUUAUUGUUGGAAUCAUUGACACCGGUAUAUGGCCGGAAUCAGAGAGUUUUAGGGAUGAGGGGAUGGACCGCAUCAAUCCAGACUUAUGGAAUGGAAUCUGUAAAGAUGGAAUUGGAUUUGACUCCUCACACUGUAACAAGAAAAUCAUUGGAGCUAGAUACUACUCCAAGGACUUUGAGGCACGGUUUGGCACAAUAAGAAGCUCAGAGAACACCAAGUCACCACUGGACGUAGAUGGCCAUGGAACUCACAUAGCCUCAAUCGUGGCUGGCCAAAAUAUUAGAGGUGCAGAAGCCUUGGGAGGAUUUGCACACGGGACUGCUUCUGGUGGUGCUCCAAUGGCAUACCUCGCAAUAUACAAAGUGUGUUGGGCUAUACCUAGUAACAAAGCUAGCGGUGCCAAGUGCCUCCCAGCAGAUAUUCUAGCAGCCAUCGAUGAUGCUAUUAAAGAUGGCGUUCACAUUCUAAGUAUAUCUGUUGGGGCGCCAAGACCGAUGCCUUAUGAACGAGACCAUCUCUCCAUUGGUGCACUUCGUGCAGUGAAAAACAAUAUUGUGGUGGUGUGCUCUGCUGGAAACCUUGGUCCAGAAUCAAGCACAGUGAAGAACGUGGCACCUUGGCUUAUUACUGUGGGGGCUAGCACCAUAGAUCGAAUAUUUUCUGGGCCUCUAAUAUUAGGUAAUGGCACGGAAAUCAUGGGACAAACAGUAACUCCGGAUGAGCUGGUGAAUUUCUACCCAUUAGUAGGAGCAAUAGAUGUUCAAAAUUCCAAUGUUGACGAAGAUGAAGAUGGGCAAUGUCUUCCUGGCUCUCUUUUACCUGACAAGGUUAAAGGAAAGAUAGUGUUAUGUAAAAGUGGAGAGGGCCGAAGAACAGAAAAAGGUUCAGAGGUCAAGAGGGCUGAGGGUGUUGGUUUCAUCCUUGAAAAUAGUGAAGACAUGGGCGAUAAGGAUUUUCAAGUUGAUGCCCAUCUUCUUCCGGCCAUUGCAUUAAGCACCUCAGAUGCGGAGGAUGUCUUUGAGUACAUCAAAUCUAUUAACAAUCCCACAGCAACUAUUAAAAAAGCAAGGAUGGUGAUACACAACGAACCAGCACCAUCAGUGUGCAGUUUUUCAAGCAGAGGUCCAAGUAUAAUCGAUCCUUACAUCCUCAAGCCUGAUAUCGUAGCUCCAGGUCUGAAUAUAUUGGGAGCAUGGAGUGAAGCAUCAUCUCCUACCAAAGAAAACGACGACCAUCGAAAGGUUAAGUUUAAUAUUCGUUCUGGGACUUCUAUGGCUACCCCUCACGUGGCUGCUGUAACUAGCCUUCUCAAAGCAAUACAUCAGAGUUGGAGCAGUGCUGCUAUAAAAUCUGCUCUCAUGACUACAGCCUCACAGAGAAAUAACGAGGGUUCCAUAAUAAUCGAUUACGAUGAAUAUCUUGCAAGUCCCUUUGCAUAUGGGUCUGGUCACCUCAGGCCAGAAAAGGCAGCAAAUCCGGGAUUAGUGUAUGAUAUUUCCUAUACAGACUACCUUAUCUACCUUUGUAGUGGAGGAUUGAAGAAUAUCGACGCAUUAAAAAAAUUCGACCAAAAUUUUGAUUGUCCAGAUACACCAAUCCCAUUAUACAAUCUCAACUAUCCGUUACUAGCACUUCCAAAUAUAAGUGAGACUAUAAUAGUUAAAAGGAAUGUCACCAAUGUUGGAAACCCUAAUAGUGUCUAUGUCUUUCAUGUCAGUGGGCCAUUAGGGUUCAUGGUAACAGCCUCUCCCAAAAAAUUGGAGUUUGAUCAUCUUGGACAAACGAAAAGUUUCGAAAUUAAAGUGACUCCAAUUGGCUAUCUUACGAAGCAUCGUAAGGGAGAUUAUUCAUAUGGGUGGUACACUUGGAUUGAUAGUUUUCAUGACUAUGAGGUGAGAAGUGUUAUGGUAGUUUCUCCAUCAUAA